UCCCAGAGCUGAGCCUCUGCCUCGGGAAGAGAUGGAGGAACCAGCCAAGAGGACGGCCGAUGAGGUGGGAGGAAAACCAGGAGGUGGGGUGUCCUCAAAGCCAAGAAGAGAGUUUCAGGAAGGAAGCAGAGAUCAACCAAGAUGAGGACUGAGGAAUGUCCACUGGGUUUGGCAACAAGCGGGCUGACGGAGCCAGUGCAGCUGGAAGGAAAAGCACAGCGAGCAGGGAGCGCUUGAAGCGCAGCCAGAAGAGCACCAAGGUGGAGGGGCCAGAGCCCGUGCCGGCCGAGGCCUCGCUGAGUGCCGAGCAGGGGACGAUGACGGAGGUGAAGGUGAAGACGGAGCUGCCCGACGACUACAUCCAGGAGGUGAUCUGGCAGGGCGAGGCCAAGGAGGAGAAGAAGGCGGUCAGCAAGGACGGCACUGGCGACGUGCCCGCUGAGAUCUGCGUGGUGAUCGGCGGCGUCCGCAACCAGCAGACCCUCGGGUCCUAUGAGUGUGGAAUCUGCGGCAAGAAAUACAAGUAUUACAACUGUUUCCAGACCCACGUACGGGCACACCGAGACACCGAAGCCACCUCAGGGGAGGGAGCCUCCCAAGGCAACAAUUUCAGGUACACGUGUGACAUCUGUGGGAAGAAGUACAAAUACUAUAGUUGUUUCCAGGAGCACCGGGACCUGCACGCCGUGGACGUGUUCAGUGUGGAAGGGGCCCCCGAGAAUCGGGCAGACCCCUUCGACCAAGGUGUCGUGGCCACUGACGAGGUGAAGGAGGAACCCCCGGAACCAUUCCAGAAAAUCGGGCCAAUGAACAAUAUUACAUCAGACAUUUUUAAGAAGAAAGAAGUUAGGCAGUGCCAAAGGAGAGAAACCGGCAAUUACACCUGUGAAUUCUGUGGAAAGCAGUACAAGUACUACACGCCCUACCAGGAACAUGUGGCCUUACACGCCCCCAUCAGUACCGCCCCCGGGUGGGAGCCGCCGGACGAUCCAGACACGGGCUCUGAGUGUUCACAUCCAGAGGUCUCCCCAUCUCCGCGCUUCGUGGCGGCGAAGACCCAGACGAACCAGUCGGGGAAAAAGGCUCCGGCCUCCGUGGUCCGAUGUGCCACCCUCUUACACCGCACCCCUCCAGCCACCCAAACCCAGACGUUCCGCACGCCAAACUCGGGAUCUCCGGCAAGCAAGGCGACCGCAGAAAGCGCGUUCAGUCGGAGAGUAGAAGGCAAAGCACAAAACCACUUUGAAGAGACGAAUAGCAGUUCCCAAAACUCCAGCGAAACUCCAAGUCCCCUGAUUUCCAAUCCUUUCCCUCUCCUGCAGAAACCCUACACCUGCGGCGCCUGCGGGAUCCAGUUCCAAUUCUACAACAACCUGCUGGAGCACAUGCAGUCCCACGCAGCCGACAAUGAGAACAACAUGGCCUCCAACCAGUCCCGGUCACCGCCUGCUGUUGUGGAAGAGAAGUGGAAACCCCAGGCCCAGAGGAACAGUGCCAACAACACCACGACCAGUGGUUUAACACCCAACAGCAUGAUCCCCGAGAAGGAGCGGCAGAACAUCGCGGAGCGGCUGCUGCGGGUCAUGUGCGCCGACCUGGGCGCGCUGAGCGUGGUCAGCGGGAAGGACUUCCUGAAGCUGGCCCAGACGCUGGUGGACAGCGGCGCCCGCUACGGGGCCUUCUCCGUCACCGAGAUCCUGGGCAAUUUCAACACGCUGGCGCUGAAGCACCUGCCGCGCAUGUACAACCAGGUGAAGGUGAAAGUGACCUGUGCCUUGGGCAGCAACGCCUGCCUGGGCAUCGGCGUCACCUGCCACUCGCAGAGCGUGGGCCCCGACUCCUGCUACAUCCUCACGGCCUACCAGGCCGAGGGCAACCACAUCAAGAGCUACGUGCUGGGCGUGAAGGGCGCGGACAUCCGUGACAGCGGUGACCUGGUGCACCACUGGGUGCAGAACGUGCUGUCGGAGUUCGUGAUGUCGGAGAUCAGGACCGUGUACGUGACGGACUGCCGGGUGAGCGCGUCCGCCUUCUCCAAGGCCGGCAUGUGCCUUCGCUGCUCAGCCUGUGCCUUGAACUCCGUGGUGCAGAGCGUGCUGAGCAAGCGGACGCUGCAGGCCCGCAGCAUGCACGAGGUCAUCGAGCUGCUCAACGUGUGCGAGGACCUGGCGGGCUCCACGGGCCUCGCCAAGGAGACCUUCGGGUCGCUGGAGGAGACCUCGCCGCCGCCCUGCUGGAACUCGGUCACGGACUCGCUGCUGCUGGUGCACGAGCGCUAUGAGCAGAUCUGCGAGUUCUACAGCCGGGCCAAGAAGAUGAACCUCAUCCAGAGCCUCAACAAGCAUCUGCUCAGCAACCUGGCCGCCAUCCUGACGCCGGUGAAGCAGGCGGUCAUCGAGCUGAGCAACGAGAGCCAGCCCACGCUGCAGCUGGUGCUGCCCACCUACGUCCGGCUCGAGAAGCUGUUCACGGCCAAGGCCAACGACGCGGGCACCGUCAGCAAGCUGUGCCACCUCUUCCUGGAGGCCCUCAAGGAGAACUUCAAGGUGCACCCGGCGCACAAGGUGGCCAUGAUCCUGGACCCGCAGCAGAAGCUGCGGCCCGUCCCACCCUACCAGCACGAGGAGAUCAUCGGCAAGGUGUGCGAGCUCAUCAACGAGGUGAAGGAAUCCUGGACCGAGGAGGCUGACUUCGAGCCCGCGGCCAAGAAGCCCCGCUCCGCCGCCAGCGAGAGCCCUGCGGCUCAGGAGGACGAUCGGCUUGGGAAGAACGAGGUGUACGACUACCUGCAGGAGCCCCUCUUCCAGGCCACCCCCGACCUCUUCCAGUACUGGUCGUGCGUAACCCAGAAGCACACGAAACUCGCCAAGCUGGCCUUCUGGCUCCUGGCGGUUCCGGCCGUGGGGGCCAGGAGCGGGUGUGUAAAUAUGUGUGAACAGGCACUUUUAAUCAAAAGGAGACGACUGCUCAGUCCAGAAGACAUGAACAAACUCAUGUUUCUGAAAUCCAACAUGCUUUAAGACCUUCCCUGGGAACAGAACGAGAAAGAAAGAGAAAGGAAAAAAAAAAAAAGAGAGAAGAGGACGUUAGGAAAAAAAAAUACACACAACACUGUCGCAAACAAAGAGAAGGAAUUUAAGUUCUAAACACUGUGGACCUCAUUAUAACGCCCCCUGGAAACUUAAGUGCUUUUUUUUCCACUGUGUGUGUGUGUGUGUGUGUGUGUGUGUGCACACGUGUGCGCCACCCAUGUAGGCGUGGAGGCUCCGUGCUCGUCCGCGUGGCUGCGGAAGCUUCGUGCACGCGUGCACACACAUGCAGCCCUGGUGCACGUGCACACGUCUGCUCCUGGGCGCGUGUGUAUCAAACUGGGUGUGUCAGGAAAGCUGAGUGGUAGCGGGGGAGGGAAGACCUUUCCCCUCCUUUUCUCGCUAAGGGGGCUUUAAAGAUUCCAUUUUCAGGUGUGCAGAUGGGUAGAAAGCUGGUGUGGUAAGAUAUUCAGGCAGCUGAGUUCUGAAGUGACUUGACACUCCCCGUCCUUCAUCCCGUGGUCUCCCUCUCCCCUCCGUCCCCCUGCCCGAGCCCUCGUGACCCCAUCACACCCCGCCCUCCCCGGCUGCUCUGCCAUGGACGCUCCAGCCUACAUCAGAUGGACAGUUUCUGCACUGGACUUUUUUCUUCACCUUCAGGGCAUUGAGCUGCUGCCUUCGAGGCACCCUUGCGUGUCCCGGGGCGGCCGCCUUAGAAACACACCUAUCUAUCUUCCCAAAUCAGGAAAGGAGACUUUAAGAAUAUAAAGCUGACUUUUUGCUUUUUAAUAUAAGAUAGAAAAGAAGAAAGACAUUUUUCAAAGAAGUAUAGAUCCUGUCUCCACUCCUUAAUAAUUUUUUUUCCUAACAUUUUAGCAGUUUUUACUUUUUUUUUUUUUUGGGUUUUGUUUUUUCAAAUUUGAUUUAGACUCUGCUAGGAGGCACUGAAUGUCUAUAACUUAUGUUUUGGGUUUUUUUUUUUUUUUAAUUGCCCUUUUUGUUCCUCAAGUCACACUGUAAACUGGCUCAUCUCAGUGGUAUAGUCAGUAUCCUACGGUUUUAUUAGCCUUUCCUUGUACGGUCCAGUUUCUGUAUGUUUGAACAACCAAGGCCGUGAACUUGGCUGUGCUGUUAGGAGAGCAGGAGUGGGGCUGGAGUCAUGGGUUUCACAGAGGGGGGUUCUGCUGGAAGCCAUAGGGAAGCGUGUGGCUUAGGAGUUCUCCUGAAUGUACGCGGAAGACCCGCCCUCCCGACCCGCUGUGUCUGGUCCUGCGAAGGUCCGAUGGCUAUACCCAGAGUGCGUUACACUACUCGCCACAUCACUGACACUUCCAGCUCCCCAGGGACUCCCGAGUUGAUCCACGUUCACGUCCGUCACACCUCAGACCCACGGCCUCCCCUCCCUUCCCAGGACCCCAGGGUUCCGGUGGUUCCGUCGCCCGCAGCCCUGGGGGUCCCCCCGUCGGCCUCCGCCACCUUCCAGGACAGUGGUUGAGCACGGUGCCUUGUGGGCCAAACGAGGGAUGUCUUGAGGGUGCACUGGCAUUAGGCCACGUUCAACUUGACGCUGUGAAGAUGUCUUCAGGCUUCUCUCUCCUCGAGCAGUUUAGGUUCUACUCUCAGCGCAAAUGCCCAGGGGGUGACCCCGGCCCCAUCCCAAGAGGUGUUUCCAUUGGGGUCCGUGCUCACCCCCACCCCAGCUCUCAGUGAAUAAAGUGCUGGUGGUCCCACGUCCCCCCGGUGCCCAUGGCGGUGGGAUAGAGAUGUUCACACCAAGGGCUUCUGGCUAAGAAUGACCGCCAUCGUGGGGGGCUCUUUGCAAAGGCACUUUCUGCCACCCUGGGGGCUCAGUCCACGCCAUCCCUUCCUAGUAAUAAAGCAUUACUCAACUGUGAGAUACCUCGACUUCAAAAAGCACUGUACAACAGCCCUGCCCCAGGCCCGUGGCAGGAAAGCGGGUGUAAAACCUCCAGAAGGCGUAGGAGGGUGGACCAGACGUGGCCCUGGAUGCCAGGCCCGCCCACUUUGCUUUAUGAGCACGAACCCUUGGAUGUACUGAGAUGCGUCAGAGUGAGAAGCAAGCCAUGGUCGCGGGAACCAGCAUGGCUUCUCCCCUCCUGGAGACGUUCUCGAUAUGUCCUCCAUAACAUUUCCGUCGGGGAUCACGUCAUCAGAGGAGCUUCCAUCCACACUGGACACUGACAUCCACACUGACAUCACUUCCUGGGGAGUAUGGAAGCAUCAACAGACUUUGGGCUCAGACCUUCAGGGGCGUUCCAGAAGAUGGCUGCAAGGUUGCUGAUGAGAGAUAUGCCUACAGCAUAAGGUCCCCCAGCUUUGCUUUGCCGCCGGGGGACGUUCACGGCCUGGCACUUUGAACCACGCAGGGGGACUAGCGCUGCCCACUUUGUGUGGUCGGUGGGAGCAGAGCCUCAGAGCAGAGCCGUGCUGGCGCUGCCCCGGUGAUUGGGCUAGCUGAGUAGAAAUUAGGCAUUUCACUUUCUUGCGAAGCCAUCAGAGACCAAGCCCAGAUAUCUGUAUUCUCUUUGGAACAUGAAGAUGUCUGCCCUCCAGAAGGAAAACUCCAGAAGUCUUGCUGAACUCUAGAUAAGUGGUCAUACGUGUUCCCUCCUUUUCUCUUCUCCCUUCCCACCUCAGUUCGAUCCUGAGGGCUUGCCUGGCUCUGCAGGUUUGCUGUGAAGGCCCCUAGGGACUGUGCAAGCUGUGUCCUGGGGCUGCCUCAUCCACAUACGGUAACAAGGUGGCAGGUACUCAUUUCUCUGUUGCAACCUCUGGUUCCCCAAAAACUGUCAUCACCAACAGGAAAGGCUGUGCCACGGUGGCACCUCCGUCUGCUUGUCCCACGCACAGUGCCCAUGGGGCAAACCCUCUGCGAGGAACCGCUUAAUAAAACCCAAAGAUCUCACACCUCCAGCCGCUGGCCCCUUCUUUCCAGCAAUAGCCACCUUAUCCCAGGUCUGGUUCAGCCAAAGGUUGGGGAGAGGCUCCUCCAGUUUAUCUCCUGCCACCCAGCCUGGCGUCCACCUUCGGAAGGAUUUUGUCAUCUGCCUCCCAGUCGUGUGACCGCUGCAGGACUUUCAACCGCGGGCCCCUGGGGGCUGGCCGACCAGGAAGUUGGGCCAUUUCUGUUGUAUUGGCAGCUCGUGGUGGUCGGUUGUUGGCUGACUUGGAUGCAACUCAUCUCAAGCCGUGUGUUCCCAGGACAGAAAUGGCCUUGGUUUUUACAUAUAUGCACCCCAGACAGGAGGUGGGCAAAACAUACCUCUGAGACGGUUAGCUUCACCACCAAAGCUCAAACGGAGGACACAGCCUUGUGGGUGCUCCCUCCGAUUUAGCCCAGAGGGUUGGGGGGUGGUCUCAGCUCCACCAAGAACACUGGUGGCAUCCUAGUCCUCGUGAGUGGAUGCUCUUGUCUCAACGCCGUUCUCCCUUCCCUGUGCCUAGGUCAGCCCGCCAGGCCACCCUCCGGAUGGUAGUUAGAAACCAGGAAACGAAACCCUGGGGCCGCCUGAGUAGAGCUUUCUGUCUACACCUUGUCUCGGGUUCACGGCACAGAGCAUCUGCCGCGUCCGCGAGCGAGGAUGCUUGGCCCCCGUUCCGCCUGUCAGACUCGUGCUUGGCGUUCCGGGAUUGGCUCUCGGCUGGGAAAAGGUACCAAUGUUCCUACUGAGGGGAGGACAGGCCAGUGACACGGUCGAGAAGUCACGGGUCUCCAGGAUUCCAGCAAGACCUUUUUUUUGGCCCCAGGUCUGCAGCCCGGCCAGGGUCCUCCCCUUCAGUUCGCUCCUCUCUCUCCCGCACUUGGAGGAAACCCCCAGAGAAAAACCCCACGAGGCACGUUUUCCACUGUGAAGCUGACCCGUUGCCUCGAGGAGGCCCCCAGGCCUGCGCGAGGCCACCUGCUUCUGCCUGGACUUGGACUGGACUCCUUGGAAAGGGGGGCCCCCCCCGAGAGACGUCAGGGAACAGCACGCACUCUCUGGGGGCCGCAGGUUCACAAGAAAGGUUUGAGAUGAAGCUGGGAUGCGAACGGAGAAGGGAGGUCCCAUGAGAAACAGCCCAGAAGGGGACAACUGCUGGAUGUUGUCAUCAUGAGGGAUGUGCUUGCAGAGACGGGAAGAGGAGGGGCUCGGGGCUCGGUGGGUGCCCCCUCCUGCCCCACUGAGCUGGGGUGGCCUCACAGCUUCACCCCUGCCUUAGGGAAGCGGCGAUGCCUGUGUCUCUGGGGGUACCCAAAGGAGGGCUCCUGGAAAAGCCACUGGUUUAGACAAAACCAGGAGGCUGAGUCAGGCUCAGGCUGUGCCCUGGAGAUGGGAGAUGGGCUCCUGUCGGCCCCGCCCUGCCCCCUAUCCAGCCGGGCCUGUGGGAGGACCUGGCAGGGGCCUAACCCUCUCCUCACUGUGGCUCAAGUUUGCUAGGCCAGUUAUGGUGAACCAAUGAUCCAGUGUUUUCCCUCUCACAUUUCCCUCCCGGUUUCCCCUUUGCAGGGUUUUCUGGAGCUCUUGUUGCUGUUUUCGUUUUUCUUCCUCUCUCGUUGGCGUUGGAGGAUCGCGGUCGGUGGUUGCUUAGGUUGCUGUUUGUCAUAUUCACGCCCCCCCCCCCCCCCGCCCCUGACCGCCACCGCCACCACGGGCGUUGCUUUAGCGAUUCGACUCCUGUACACAGAAGGACUUGCUGGUUUUGCAGAUGGGUGUCAGCAUCAAGACCACGAGGCUCCGACCCACCCACGCAUCCCACUGGGCACCUUGACUCUUCGAACCAAAGUUCCUUAAAGGGGCACAGCCCAGCCUUGUCCGCAGCCUCAGGGGCCUGGGGUCCUUCCUGAAGUCCAGGUUGGCCGAGACCACGGGAGCUGAGACCAGCCCGAGGGAGGGCCUACUCUCACAACCCAGGUGCCAGCCGGUCCCCGCCUGGGACCCUCCCUCCCUCCCAUUCAGGGGGGCUGGGUUUCCAGGCAGUGAGCGAGCUCAUGGACUGGCAUGGGGCUGGGACUCACCAGCCAGGAGAGAGGGACCUGCGGGGCUGGAAGCUCCGACCCAGCGGACAGCGCGUCCAGGGCCAUUCAGACCCCAUACAUCAGGAAGUCAUUUUGUACAACCACCUGAAGUAGAGAUAUUUUUUAAAAAGCGUAAAUUAUUUUCAGUUGUUUCCCAGUCCUGCGUUUUUUUUUUUUUUUUUCCCCUACAACUUCACAUCAGUGAUUCUUUCACAUCAGGUAAAUCUCAAGAAAGCCUUGGUGCCCCCUCCCUCCUGUGCCCCACUCGGUCACCCCGUGCGUGCAUCCCCAUCCUCUCUCAGUAGUUAAGACAUUCUAGGCAAUACCAUAGACACAUCCGACUGUGUCUCUCUCUUCAAGUGCAAGAAACUCAAGUCAUCUUAAAAAAAAAAUACAAAAAAAAAUUUACAAAAAAACAAACACAAAAAAAAAAUAUCUUUUUUAGGCCAGAGUUUUCUACAGGUAUUAAUGAAUAUUUUUCUUAAUCCUUAUAAGUUUUAUGUGUUUAAUAUUUCUUAAUACCGGUAGCAUUAAUUUAUACUUUUGUAGCAACACAAUAUUUUUAUAAACAGCCAGCACUUGGCUCAAGUCUCCACAGGGGGUUUAUUCAGGGCCAUCUUGGGACCCUGUGUACCAUGUACUGUAUUUAAAAAAAAAAAGUUACCUAGUGUCACCCUUGCUGUGUUAAUUAACAAAAGACAUUGUUCGCGGUCUCCUGUGUCGUCGGUGUGGGCCCAGCAGCUCUCCGAGGAGUCCCGUUGCAUGGGGGUUGAGUUGACGGUUCUUGUGAUACGAAAACCCCCCUGAGACCAAACUUGAGGGUUUAUUUAGGGGUUUUCUGUUUGUCCUUUGAGUUUUCCGUUUCGCUUUGUUUUGGUACCGUUUCUCCAUUUACAGCCAAAUCAGUUUCGUGAUGUUUCAAACUCUUACUGAUGUCAAAUGGAGGAAAGGAAAAGGAAAAGAAAAAAAAAAAAAAAGAUUUUUACAAAGUAAUAAAAUUUAAAACUGAGCUGUUUCAAUGUUGCUGUUUUUACCUGUCUGUUCUUGUCCAACCGUGGGACAUUCCCCAGGGAAAAGAGGAAGGUCCCGCUUGGUCCUUUAAAUCACCCAAAGCCCCAGCCCGGAAUUCCGCAUUCCCCCUACCCCUCGAAUCUUGCAACAUGAUUUCCCAGUUGGUUGAUGCCAAGGCAAGAAGACAUCCUUUUAAUGGUUAGAGAGGGUCAGUUGCUUAAAUGAUUUCAUGUCAGUGUUGUAUUUAUGGUUUUACAAUAAAACGACUUUUAGGAAGAUGGCAGUGUGCGGUGUUAUUUCUUGGGUUUGUGGUUGGGCCGUGUCAUCCACUUAGGAGCAGGGCACCGGUGAGUAGAGAUGGACCAAAGGCCAGAUGCCUGGGGGUGACAGAGCCAGAGUGCACCCCCGCGGGACACUGAGGUUGGGGUUGUGAAGUCCUUAUCAGAGCUCAUGGCUCACCUCCGGCACCAGAGCCGGCUCAGCCGAUGUUUGAGAAAGGAGGGACGGACAUGGCCAAGGGAAGACGUGGCCCCUGGGGGCUUUGCUUCCGGAGCACUGUCCCCUGGAAGAAGGGAUGGGUUCGAUCUCUGAGUCCUGCAGGCCCAAUGGCCAGGGACGCGUCCAAGUUCGCCUCGCCCAGUGGUCAUUCAUGUGCCUCUUGUGACCCGGCACCCAGCGGCCUUGGCCUCCCAGGCGAUGUGUGUGACCUUAUGUGCUGUGUGUGGUCCUCCAUCUGGGGAAGGGUGUCCCUGGCUUUUCCAGAUUCCUGAUGGCAUCUGUGACUCUGAGCACAUUCAGAAUCGCGGUGAGCUGUGGGGCCCAGCCUGGGCGGACUUGCCCUCUGUGGGCCCCGCCCAGCGCCCCGCACUACAGACGCCUGGAGAGCAGCAGUGCUUUUGCUUGAACAGCGUCAAAACGGAAGGCCAGUCGAAGGAGAGAAGAUGCCGCCAGAGGGCCAGCGGUGGCCUGAGUGGCUGGGGAGGGGGGACGACUCCGAGAGCAGGCCUGCUGCGGGCAGGACAGCUCUUGCAAAGGGGACGCCGAGUCGUGCUUUAUCCGUGUCUUCAACCAGCUCACAGGGUGCUCUCCCUGAAACGGAUGUGGAGCCUGGAUCAGCUGAACCGAUCCUCUCAAAUCCCACGGGUCGCAGCACGUGAGGCCGAGCGCUGGGCCACCAGCCCCGGGGCAGCAGCCCUGCCCUCAGAGCCAUCCUUCCGGGGGCCUUUCCUGCGGGGAGGUGUCCGUGCGGACGGGCCUGAGCAAGCAGCUGGCGUUCAUUCGGAGUUUCUGUGCACUCGAGAAAGUCAGGAGAGCUCUGGAGCUGGAAGAUUCCUUCCCGGCA